UCUGUAAUAGGAGCGGAGAGCCCUGGGAUGCGUUGUCUGGGGAUACUUGUCAGCGGUGCUGUUAGUAAACAAACAUGGCGGCUGUCGAGGAUGUGACGGUGAAUCUUCCCUCUCUGCAGUUUGAAGCUGCUUUAACUCGCGAUGAAAAACAGAUGCUGUAUUUGCGUGGACGAAGCCAUGCUUUAACAGUUUCUGCUUGUGCACAAGCGGCUUUUCUGGUAGCCGUUUUAAAUGAUGCUAGGCAAAAAAUUGUGGAAAUAAAAUAUCCAGUGAAGAAAAAGUCAUCUAAGCUUUUACAAGAAGCCCCAAAGAGAGAUCCACUUUUGGUAGGAAUCAUUGGUUGUGGACGCUUAGGAAAACAACUCGCCAAUACAAUACUUAAAUUCUCUGAUGUUCAUCCAGAAGAGUUAUUUCUCUCAACUAGGCGGCCAGAAACUUUAUCUGCCCUUCAGAUGAAAGGUGUCCAUUGUGGAUUUGACAAUAUAAAGGUUUGCUCCACAGUGCACAUGCUAUUCAUCUGUUGUUUGCCUUUGCAGUUCCCAAUGGUGGCCAAGGAAAUCAAGAGACAUUUGAAAUGCCCUGUGUAUGUGUUAGUGGGAGGCACACCGCUUUUAAGAAUACGUCAACUUCUUCAAUAUGAAGAGAUUAUCAAGCCAGAAUUUUCCUGGAAAAAAACAGAUCCAAAUGAUGAUUCAAAUAACAACUGGAACAUCGGUAAAGAUAUAAACGAAAUUCUUCGGGAAGAUACUAACAGUUGUGACGUCACCUGUCCUCUGAAUGUUAACAAAGAUUCGGCAAUUGUAGAGACGGGAGAGGAAUGGGCCGAGUUGGCCGUGUUGACUUUCUUUAACAUGUGUACUGAAAAAGAACUGAACAUGGAACAGUCUGUAAGGCUUUGUAACGCAGUCGUGUUUGGUAUGGGUCCAACGGAUGACCCUGGUGACGGCAUCUCUGUGGAUGAACUUAUUUCUGAUAUAAAUUUGCUAGGAACAGGGGACAGUACCUCAGACGGAAAGACCCUCGAGGACAGAAAUUUACUACAAAUUGAACAUGGAACUCUUAUCGAUGCUUUGUUGUUCAGAUUCUUCCCACGUUUCGAUCUCCGUAAGAUCUCCUCUGGUCAGAGUAAACUUGGAAAUCGCCUCAUGGAACCUAAUGGAAGUCUAAGGCGAAUGUUUGUCAAAAGAUACAGAGCUGUGUUUGACAAGUUCCAGUAUUGGAAAGGUGUUCCUACGAAUGUGUCUUAAU